AGAGACGAGAGCGCGCUCCGCGGCGACGCGCACGGAGGGGAAGUGGAAAAGGCGGAAGAAAGGACGUUGAAUAAACUUGCCAACUUCUAGCCAACUGGCUAGAAAUACAGUUAGAGGCCAUGUUACUGAGAAACUGGUGACUUAUUUCUACACCGACUGAGUUUGCUAACCCACCGCCCUGUCUACAUUCAGUCACCGCUCUCUCAGCGCGACACACGACACGACUUCGGGACUCCAGUUUUCAAACAGACGUUGUUCAACCGACCCGAAGCCAUCCACCGUUACAAAGUCACAUUUAGCCGCCGUUAAAGUGCCGCAAUAACCCGCCAGUUGCACCGGCGGUACACACGACCGGCUCGCGGGCUGCGCGGGAGUCGGGCUUUUUCCCUCCCCGUGGCAAAAGUUGUCCGCGGUCCGUAGAGGUGCCAACGAGGCCUGCAGUCAGGAGGCUGCAUGUGUGAGGACCGUUGGUGGCGAGGAGUGACUCACGCAACGGUAGCGCCGACGCUCUGAACCAUGUCGGCCCAAGCACAGAUGCGAGCGAUGCUGGACCAGCUCAUGGGGACGGGGAGAGACGAUGUUGUCAUUUUAUCAGACUAUCUGAGCAGUUAACUUUUAGGAUUUACUGGCAAGAUGACUCGUUCAUGGAGAUUCCAUGCGGCAGAGGAUCAAAUUCGCAGAUGAGCGAGUCUGCAAAAGUCACCUCCUGGAUUCCUGUCCUCAUGAUAUUCUGUCCGGCACCAGAAUGGAUCUGGGAGAGUGUAUGAAAGUCCAUGACCUGGCCCUCAGAGCGGACUUCGAGAUUGCCUCUAAACAGCAGGAGUACUUCUUCGAACUUGAUGCUGCCGAACACCUCCAGUCUUUCAUCGCUGACUGCGACCGCAGGACCGAGCUGGCCAAGAAGAGACUAGCAGAGACGCAGGAUGAGAUCAGCGCUGAAGUGGCAGCAAAGGCUGAACGUGUCCACGAGCUGAACGAGGAGAUCGGGAAGCUGCUGGCCCGGGCAGAGCAGCUCGGGGGCGAGGGGAACGUCGACGAGGCCCAGGAGGUGCUGGAGAUGGUGGAGAAGACUCGAGGCUUGAAGAAAGAAGCAGAGGAUGUGUACAGAAACUCCAUGCCCGCCUCCAGCUUCCAGCAACAGAAACUCAGAGUGUGCGAGGUGUGCUCUGCCUACCUGGGUCUUCACGACAAUGAUCGACGUCUCGCCGACCACUUUGGGGGGAAACUGCACAUCGGGUUCAUUGAAAUCCGCGAGAAGCUUGAAAAGCUAAGGAAAGCAGUUAUAGAAAAACAAGAAAGAAUGCGCUCGAGAAGGCGAGAGGAACGUGAAAAGGAUGACGAAAAGGAGCGACAGUGGGAGCUGGAGCGGGAACAGGAGAGGGAGCGGGAGCGGGAAAAAGAGAAGGAGCGGGAGCGCGAGAGAGAACGGGAAAGAGAGCGUGAAUGGGAGAAGGAGAGGGAACGGAGGAGGUCCAGAUCUAGAAGUGGAGAACGAUACAGGGACGGAGGCACCUCGACUUCAUCCUCUCAUCGCUCAAGACGCCACCACUCCUCUCGUUCCAGAGAAGAAGGUGGCGACCGGGAUCGGGAGAGAGAGAGAAAACAUCGACACAAGGAGCGGCAUCGCUCGCGCUCCCACUCCCACAGGCCCAAGAGGAAGAGAUCUUCCGGAGACGGGUCAUCUCCCACUCGCGACGGAGAGCCUUUGCCGCCUCAAGAGAUGACCAGACCGGGCGCAACAGGAGAGGGCUGGCGUGAGGACAGGCCGGAGUACGGAGACUGGGAGGGUGGGGGGAAGCCCCCUCCCGCGGAUACGGCCACAGCCAGGCCCAGGGAACGGGAGAGAUCCCUGUCGUACGAGCGAGAUCGGCGCUCCAGCUCCGAGGAGCGAGAGUCCGGGGAGAUAUGAACAGGAGUGGACGCCUCCAAAGUCUUCGAUUUGGAUACAUUACUUACUAAAAGGAGCAUGGGGAGACGAGUGUGUGUGUGUGUGUGUGUGUGUGUUGGUGCGAAUGUGUGUGCACAUGUUGAUGGUAAGAGCGGGACAUGUGUACAUCAGCGGGGGUGGACACUUAAUAUGGGUAUGAGGGAACAACUUCAGUGGUGGCGGUGAAGGAAAACAUGCAAAACCAACUUUUAUAAGUCUGAAUUGUGGAAGCAAUGUAGUCGGGGUUUUUUUAUGCCAUCUUGUCGAUUCUAUGUACAGUUAUUCUGACCAUGACGAGUGAGCGACGAGACGGCAGCCCUACGUUGAGUCUCUCUUUAGUUUUUUUUAAUCAUUAGUUGGAACCUUCUACGUUGAAACCGUUUAUUGUUGCAUUCGAAAUCUGUCGGUCUCAAUGGCUGCGGAUUCGUUCACACAGAUGUCACUCAUUAAAUGUGGCGCCCCUGGCAGUAGUGUCUGAAAAUGAGCUGUGAAUGACCGACGGCACUUCUGAUGUUUGUCUUUGAUUUGCUGCCUUCAAGCCAUAACAAUCUCAUUUGGGAAAUCCGAAACGCAUCCCACAGCCUGCCUUUAAAUUCCGGAUGCAGUGAUGAGCUCGUACUACUUAAUAAACUCACUUGUCCCCCCCCCCCCCCUCCCCUCGAAAGAAGUCAUCCAAAUAGUUCCACUCAGUUCCUGACAUGUGAAUGCAUAUAGAUGCAUAUUUACGUACCGACACUGAAAGACCCAGGGACUCCUGUUUGCUGUGAUACGACCUGGAUGUACUGGGGGAAUCCACUUUGCUGUGCCACCAUUACGUGAAUAAAAUGUUCUGCUUCUAUUCAAAUGCAAUGUGUUUAUAAAAAUGUCUCUUUGGCUUCACCGCAA